AUGACCGCAGGCGUCGGAACGCCGUACUGGACUGCUCCAGAAGUCCUGGAAGGCAAGCGAUACACAGAGCAGGCGGAUCUUUAUUCCUUUGGAGUGGUGCUGUCCGAGCUGGACACGUGCAAACUACCCUUCCACGACGCGUUGACGUCGGAUGGGAGGAAGCCCAAGCCAGUCCAGAUCUUGGCAGACGUGAUGGCAGGGAUGCUGCGACCAAGUUUCUCGGAGGACUGUCCGAGGCGUAUCCGUCGUAUCGGCGUCGCUUGUUGUCAGCAAGAUCCAUCGAGACGGCCUAGUGCAGCUCAAGCCGUGAAGAUGCUGACAGAGGCAGAUUAG